GACGCGAAUCACCUGAAGCUGUGAAGAAAGGACAGCGACCUUUUUCUUGCAUAGCCUCGUCUGCGUCAGGCACUUCAUCGUCCAAAGAUAGCGAAUGCGGGACUGCACCGACCACCGCGUCGUGCGCAGGCGUUUCAUUCACGUGCUUGGGCGGUCUCUCGGGUGAUGAUAUCGUUCUAGUUCAACAAGAGCAAAGCGGAGAAGAUGUGAGAAGAACAAAUAAGCUAGAAUCCACGUCGCAGAGUACAACUAGUUCUACAAACGGUGUAGAGACGGCAACAUCCCAACGCCUAAGGUCCACUUCAUCUUUAAGCGAACUCGCGGCGACAGAUGCAAUUGCAGUUGUCUUGCAGAAUUGCGAAGACGAGACCACGCCGUCUUAUGCCGAUUUAGGAAUCGGAAAGCCCCACUUUCCUGAAAGUAGACCUCAGGGAGGCAGCAACGCGCGAUCGUCUUCCAUGCAUGCCAGCACGAGCAUCGGAAGUUGUCACGGGCUUCUCCAGGAGAUUAAUGCUGCAGCAGCGGCUUCGCCCGUAGCGGGGCACUCAGCGCAAUUUAGUCUUCCAGGCUUGACACCGCUGGUUGGAAAUACGAAGAUGCGAAGAGAUUCAGGCGCCUUCACUGCACAGCGUGAAGCAAAUGACAAUGACUACAGUCUUGACCGGGAGUUCAGAGGUAGCGGAACGUCGUGCAGUGAGCAGGAAGUGUCACCGCCACUAGACGAACCCGCUUCCGCAAUAGAGUGGGUCAUUACGGCUAGUUACGGAGUACUCGCAGUAUCCUGCUUCAUCGCCUUCUGCGUCUGCGACUUGCCGCCGACGAACGUCAUUUCUAACGUCAGCUCCAUUGCAAAAAUUUUCCGACAUGUUUGGUUCAUCGCCACAGAGUUUUUCGUCCUCAACUUCCUAUGCUCCUUUCUGUGCCAUCAGCAACGACGAAGACGAUCGACGUCUGGCAGCAACGGAAACCAUUCUGGGUUCUUGGUGUCACCAGGAUGGGUGAUUAUGGCGUUCAUUUGGCUGCCACGAGUGAUGUUUCCGUACAACAAUGUGGGAUUCGGACACUUGCUGAAAAUAUACAUCUUCUCUCUCUGGUUUGCGAAGGCGUUGCCACCAAGAUCUUUUCCUUCUGAGGUGGGAGCAGGAACUUCUACUCCAGUGUUGUUGAGAACAGGAAACUCAUCAUCAUCUAGGGGAAACAUAACGACUAGCACGAGUAGUGGUCAGGGAAAUGACAUUAUCCCCCAGCUUCCCUAUCUACGCGACGUUGUGUUUCGGCAGUAUUGGCCACUAGUUUUCGUUUUUCUGAUUUGGUUGGCUCCUAGCGAUGCUUAUGGACGAUGCGACUUGAAUCCGUUACCCUUUGCGCUCGAUCGGGCACGUUUUUACUUCAGCGAGUGGAUUGUCGUUUUCUGCUUCCUUAGCGGUGGAAUGAAAACGGCGGAUCCGUGCGGCCUCGUUCCGCUGUUCAAUCUCUGGGCGCUUUUUGCAUACACAACUCAUGUAGCGAUACUGCGAGUUAUCGGUGAGCCCUUCUCUUCACUCUUCUUGCACCUGCUCAUGCCGGCUAUCUUUCUCAUCAGACGGGCCAGACGAGCACUUUUAUCCAAGAACGCAGACAAGCGUACGGACGAAGGCAAGACGGGUUUCCGGGCUACGCGCGGGUCAGAGAGAGAGUGACGAUGAUGCUUUUUCCCUGUCUCUCGACCACUUGAGAGCUUUUUCAGUCAAGUCUUAGUUCGAGUUUCCAACUAUACGUGUCAGUUACGCACUAGAUUUAUGGAUGUCGAAGUGGAAUUUCCUUGUCACUCAAAGCCUUACACUAUCGCGUUUAUACAUACUAACUAUCCCAUUAAGCGCAAUCACUUAGAUCUCAGUCCCAGUUUUACCUAAAUCCCACUUCACCCAUCAUAGUUGGAAGAUACUCAUCUUCAGCAUUCUUCGCAGUUUUAGCUUUCUUCUGUUUCUUUUUGGUUUUUCAUAUCUUUCGUAUUCCGUUUAGCUUGAGCUCUCCUCUGCAUUCGCCCUUUGCAGCAGCUAUUUUGUCUCCAUUCCAUUUUCCACGCACACAAUGACGCCUCGUAUGAUCUACAAUUUUUCCAUGAUGGAAGAUGCGACUGAGCAUCUACUCACAAUUUACGCUUGCAACGCAUUUCCAUCGUCUUUGCAAAAGCGAAACGUAGUCUCCGAAGCAAGGAAGAUGACGACGGAAUUGACAAGGUUUCCUUUCAUCCCUCGUGCGGU